ACCAGCAAUCACACAUGAUGAAGAUUGCUAUUAUGAGGCUCAGGCUCAGACAUUACAUAGAAAUAAAAACAAUAUAGAAGUACUGGGAAUUGUAAAUCUUAACUCAGAAUGUCAGGAGACAUUGUGGGAUCGUGGGAGGUGUCACUGAGUGAUGGGGUUUACCGCAUUGAGUUUGAACAUGGAACAACAACAGGAAAACGUGUUAUUUAUAUAAAUGGGAAGGAGGUGUUAAGAAGGGAUUGGAUGUUCAAACUGGUGGGCAGAGAAACAUUUCCUGUUGGGAGUACAGAUACAAAAGCAACCAUAACCAUUGAAGCGAUUAGUGGGUUUUCCUAUGAGUAUACACUGGAGAUCAAUGGAAAAAGUCUUCAGACAUUUUUGGACAAUCGAUCAAAAAUUUCCAAAACAUGGUUGCUGAAACUGGAUGGUUCUGAUUGCAGGAUAGUUCUGGAGAAAGACACUAUGGAUGUGUGGUGCAAUGGACAGAAAAUGGAGACUAUGGGGGAGUUUGGAGAUGAUGGAACUGAGACCCACUUUGCAGUUGGGAACCAUGAAUGCUGCAUAAAAGCAACAACCACUGGAAGGAAACGAAACGGAAUGGUUCAUUCCCUUCUGGUGGAUGGGAUCAGGAUAGAAGAGGCCAUUGUGUAAAAUGGAGACUAAUAGAAUUCAGAUGUGCAAGACAUUUAGAAACAUUAUACUUCAUCAGAAUUAGAUACAGAUGGCACUAACAGAGACUGAUUUCUUUAAAUAAAUCCAAUAUGUUGGCAUCUAUUCAAAGUAUGGACAAGAACACUUUAUUUGUUAUAUGACUGAACAAAGUACCUUUAGAAAUAUACAAUCCCAUUUAAUUUGAAUAAAUAUGACAUUUUGUGAAAAAGUUAAAAAGUAGCUCCAAACCAAGUGAUUAUAUUCAUACUGCACAGACAGAUAAGGCUCAACACAGGCAGAUUACAAAGUAACAAACUGUGAAUGGGCUUGUAAUUCAUUCCUAGCCCAAGUCUAUGAGCUCAUGGCAAUUCACCGCUAAAACCUGCAUAUGUUUAACCUUUAUUUGCAGCACUACUCAACACGUGGCCCUUGAGCCAUCUUUU